CCUAUACUUUAUGAUUAAUUUACGUCACAGGAUUCAAUAUGUAUACGAAAAUCCUGGAUACGUAUAACGAAAUUUUACGAGGUGGUUUUGUAAACGUUACACUUUAUAAUUAGGUUUGUCGAAAAGAGUCGACCGCUAAGAAUUAAUGUACAUAAUAUGAACCGUUUGGAUGAUCCUCCGGGUCUCAUGAAAGGCAGAAAACCAUCUUUCAUUGGAAUGAACGGGGGCCCAGAAACAGAUGAUCAGCAGCGCUUAAGAUUUCAGGUUGAGUUAGAAUUUGUCCAGUGUCUUGCUAAUCCAAACUAUUUAAACUUUCUAGCACAGCGUGGAUACUUCAAGGAUUCAACAUUCAUUAACUAUCUUAAAUAUUUAUUAUAUUGGAAAGAACCAGAAUAUGCAAAGUAUUUAAAAUAUCCUAUGUGCUUGUACUUCCUAGACUUAUUACAAUACGAACACUUUAGAAGAGAAGUAGUGAAUUCUCAGUGUACAAAAUUUAUAGAUGAUCAACAGAUUUUAUUAUGGCAACAUUAUACCAGACGUAGAACAAGACUGUUACAGACAGCUGCAGAGCAAACGCAACAUACAAAUCCUCAGAACAAUGAUUUCCAAACUUAAAAAAUUUAAAGGUUUCUAAUAAUGGGGGACCUGGCCUAUCUUUAAAAAAGAAUCUGAUUUUGGACGAGUGAUGCUGAAACCUGAAUAGCUGUUCAUAAAUGUUUAUGACUGUUUGUGCUUGGAAAAAGCACAAGUCAGUGGAAAAAGUGGAAAAUUAUUGAAGAUAUUAAUAGAUGCUGUGGAUUUCACCAAUUUUAACCGAGGCGAGACGGCGAGGAAAAGUUGUGUCGCGGAGACCGAACAAAGUGUCAUCGGUGAGGGUGAAGCACGCACUAGCCGAACAGGAGAAUCCUCUUUCUCUCGAAGGAUAGCACGAAAGAGGAACUGAUUCCAAGCCUUGUUGAAUCGGACAAGGACAGAUACGCGUACUAUUGUUUCAUGCUUGACGACACGUAUGUAUCCCAUUAACGCACCCACGUCACGGGAAAACGAUCUUCUGUCAAUAAUAAUCGAUUUUUAAAUUGACGUAACAUGAAUUUUGCAUUUCGAGGAAAUGUACGUUUGUAACACCAUUUCCGCUCGUGUCUAGACAGACUGGAAGAGGACUAAUGGUUGUUGAAGUAAUGUAAUGAUACAUGGCACGCAGUAGCUACAAACUUAAAUAAUAGCCCGACUAGGUCUAUGAACUCUUGACGCCCGCUUGCUUCAUUCUCUCCUCACCUGUAUAGGUUGCAAUAGAAAGUUCCAUUGAUAGGUAAAUGGUUUGGAAAGGGCUCUAAAGCCCUAUGGAGAAAUUUCCGGUUUGCAGAGAACGAGAAUGAUGGUUGUGCCCAUAAUUAAAUGCAGAAACUGUUGAGAAAGCAUAAAAAUUUAUCCGGUGACGUCUUCCUCAGCAUGUCAUACUUAGAGCACGGUUAUCUUGAUGAAGGAGGGGAGUACCAAUCAUCAUAGUCCAGCGACGGUGUUUCCUUCGUUUCUGGAACUGUUUCUGUAUGCAGAGUACAUCACGUCCGGUCCCGAGCGCAUCCUGCCUUUCAUUAAAGGUUCCUCCUCCUCCUCGUGUUGGCUCGAUCGCUGAUUCCAAAGGAAACCAUCGGUACCAGCUGAAUCCUCCUCUCUUGUCUUAGCCACAAAUCGGACUUUGUCAUUAGCAUCGUCAUUCGUGGCCGUUGAUCGUACCCUCGGUCAUCGUCACGAUGCCUCUGAACGACUUUCAUUUCCAUUCAAUAGUUGGAAUACGUCGAUUGUCCGCCAUUAUUGGUAAUCGGCUAUUUUAGAUGAUUUUCAUAUAUUUCAUUUAGAUAAUGAAUAUACUUUACUUAACAAAUAUACAGUAAACAACAAAACUAUACCAACGUGAGAUAAAAGAAUUACAACCUGGUUAUAAUUUUACAUUUCAGUUCAAGAAAUUUACCGAAAACGAGAUGUAAAUUUUAAAAUCUGAAAAUUUUGGAAACAAUUAACGUUUAUCUAUUUCUACAACAGUAUAUUUAUCUACAGCGGACGUUAAUCUUUCAUCAAUAAACUUAAAUAGUAGAUAAAUAAGACUCAUUAGAAUGGCGGAUGAUUAACGCACAGUUUAAUGCUCGUAAACGAUUCAAUGGUAAUCAAAGCACCAUUCCAAGCAUAAAUGAUAAUGGUGCAGUGACGACAAUGAACCAUAAAUUCAAAAACUUCACUAAUGUCGAUCAAACGAAAAUAAAACGUAAGAAAUAAA